AUGGAUUUUCACAAAACGUGUGUGGUAGUUGGUCUGUUGGCCAUGGCACACGCUGCUUACUCAGCUGCACAACACAGAUCCUAUCUGAGAUUAACAGAACAGGAAUUCACGAAACUUCCAAUAGAUAUUAUAAUCCAGUGUUUUGUUGGUCUGUUUCUGACAUGUUAUGGAGUUGUACAUAUAUCAGGGAAUUUCAGAGAAAUACGGGCAAGCUCAGAGCAAGAUAGCAAAACUUGGGAUAUGGUGAGUAAUAGACAGUCAUUUUACUGUUUUAAUCACCGUGGAAAAGCCAUGUUUCCACGAAGGGAUGCCAAUUCUAAUGGAUAACGCGAACACAGAUUGGACAUUAGCCAGCUACUGUAUGAGGAUUUAUCAAGGAAGGAACUGAUAGACUUUUGACAUCAAAUUUUCAUUUUAAAAUAUGGUUCAUGUAUUGGUCCCAACAGUUUGUAAACUGAAGUGAUAUAUCUUAAUAUAAUUGAAACCAUUGCAGUUGUUGGUGUCGAUUACUCAGAAAACAGCUGUUUUAUGUAACGGGUUAUGAUAAGAUUUGUAUGAAGCAUGUAAUAAGUCUUGAAUGUUUGAGUAUAACCCUAAACAUUUUGACCUCCCAACCCUACCCAUGAAACAAACAAAAAAAGAAAAAAUAAUCCCCACAAAAUGAAAAAAAAUAAACAAAGUAAGAAAUAAAAAAAAAAAGAAGCUCACUCGAGCAUUUCUAAUUUAUACACAGAAGAUGGUAGAUAUUUAUUUGUAUUUAUGAUUUAUGUUUUUAGUCUCUGGCAAGCUAAAAGUGAGCAUGUAACUUUAUCAUCAUGGGUUGUUAGGCCUAAGAAUAUUGAAUGAAAUCGUGAGCAAGGAUUGGUGCUUGUAGUUAUGGACAUAUAUGUAUAUAUUAUGCAGUAUGUAUGGGUAUAUUCACGUACAAAGUAAUUAAAGUAGUUUGGGAAAGUAAUAUAUAUUAAGCAGUAUGUGUGUAUUAUAAGUAUGUAUGAUGACUGUUUUGAUUAAAAUCAUUUUAAGGUAAUCCUUAUCUAUUCCACUUGAUAUUUUUCUGUUUUGUGCUUUUAGUCCACCAUUAUCCAUUGUCGAUGGUUGGCUAUUCAAAUGGCCCUAUUGUAUGUCUGUGCUUCAUCAUUCAUCCUUCUCUCCAUUAACAACUCUUGCUAUCAAUAAAUUUUUCAGAAGUAAUGAAUGAAUCUUAGUUUGAGUGUAUGCCUAUAUAACCUUGUGUCAAAGACCGGAGGUGCCUAGUUCUACAAUCUUUACCCAUGGUGGUUUGUGUUUCUCAGGAGGCUUACAAACUGAUCAGUCUGUGCUGACAGGGUUUGCGAUUGGCCUCCUGUAUUUUGUUCAGUGAGGUAGCCACCAGCUACUGACCCUGGGUGUUCAGGGCAAUAAACCAAACAAACCAUGCACCAAUAUAAAAAGGGGAGGGAGAUGUAGGGGACUGAUAGGCAUCCAUCCUGGAUUUCUUGAGAAGUGCUGGAUGUACCUUUAAUUUUCACAUUAUUCAUUAGUUGUGCACUAGUGUUUUUGGGACUGGUAAGAAAAGAACAAAAUGAUAACAGGUGGUCAUCUUGGAUUUUGACAAUAAAAGAUUGUUAUUGCUCUUUCAUUGGAAGUUCCUAUUUGUGCCCUUUUGCUUUUGGGACUGACCAGAUAAAAAAAAAUUACCAACCGGUGGCCAUCUUGGAUUUGGCUGUUGGAAAUUAUUAUCACUACUUCUUCAGAGGAAUUUUUGAAUAAUGAAGAGCAAAAAGCAAAGAAUUAAACACUGAAAUGAACACUGAAAUGAAGCAAUAGUGGGUGCCAUCUUUUGUUUCAAUAUAAGGUAAUUAGAUUUACACUAUAAAUAAUUAAUAUUGAGCAUUCCCAUUCAAGAUAUCUUUCAGUAUUGACAAAACAUAAAAGAUAUGCCUUUCAAUAUUGGCCAAACAAAUGAGAGAUAUCUUUCAGUAAUGGCCAAAGAUAAGAGAGAUAUCUGUUAGUAAUGGACAAUCACAAUGCAGAUAUAUUUCAGUGUUUUGCUGUGUUCAGAGCCAGAUUACAUGAAAGAAAUGUGUGCUUUUUGGGACAUCUUUAGUAAACAAGUGUAACUUACCAGGACAUCUACCGCAUUGUUCAAUAGUACUGUUGUUACUUUUUUGUUGUUCUAUUCAAAAAGAAUGUAAUAAAAAUGCUAGGUUUUUAGUUGAAAAUUAUUACUAAAGAUAUUUGACACUAGUAACUACAGGUGUUCUGACUUGCAUCUGAAAUAUUAAUGGUAUUGGACACAGCCAUGAAACAAUAUCUCUUGUCCAACAUUAUAGAACAGUUGACUGUGGAUUUUUUAUGAAAAGGCAUGAAAUAUUGUACAUUUGAGUAAAAUUGUGUGCAUGAAGUGAAUUGGUCCAUGUUUG